UGCGCUCGUCGCGUCGACGAAAAACCAGGUGACACUGACUGUAGCAAGUUGUCAGUUGUAGGAUUAAUUGACAGUUUUACGUACUUUUUAGCAAAUUGCCAUGGCUGAUAGCGAUCUUGAGGAAAUACGUGCGAGGCGACUUGCUGAAUUACAGCAGCAAUAUGGGGGUCAGGGACAGGAUCCCAAUGCCAGGAAGGACCAAGAAGAGGCUCAGAAAAGGCAGGAAGACAUGAUCAACUCUAUUCUUUCUCAAGUGCUGGAUCAGAAUGCCCGAGCAAGAUUAAACAGCAUUGCCUUAGUCAAACCAGAGAAAGCCAAGAUGGUGGAGAGGAUGUUAAUACAAAUGGCUCAGACGGGACAGCUACCAGGACGGAUUGGAGAGGAUCAACUUAAGGGCCUGCUGGAGAAAGUCAGCAUGCAGACACAGAGAAAAACUAAAAUCAAUUUUGACCGAAGGCGAGUGAUGGACUCUGAUGACGAUGACUACUGAGCCAAGUCCCAUUGCUGUGGAUUUUCUAUCCUUCAAAAAACCUUCCGAUUCCAAAACUUUGCAAAUGUAAAAUAUGAGGUUUUUUUGUUUUAACAUGACAACCCAAAGUAUGCAGUAGUAUUCCCAGUGGCAUCGCCAGACAGAUUUUUAGGGGGGCGGGGACAUUAAUAUGCAGUCUCAUGCUGAAAGGUAGCAAGGAUUGUUUUCCCGCGAGCUGGCCUUUGCAAAAUGAAAGGGGGUUAGACACCAUCUGACUACCGGGCGCGCUGUUCAAAGCGGACAUUCUUGGACACUAUUGGACAAUAGGUGGCUCUGUUCGUUGCAGCAUAUUUGGCCAAGUUCACACAAGAACUAUUGUUAACCAUAGUUUGACUUACUUAGUCCAUACUCUGUCUAGUCGACUAUUUGGAACCAGCCUACUUGGCCUGGUUGCAUCGCUGGUUAGCAAUAGCCUCAUUUCGUUACUUAAGUGCAGCGGGAACCAUUGACAAGAGAUUAAACAUAGCGAGUUGUACUACCCGCUGGUGGGCCUCGGAGAUAUCUUCCAACAGGUCAAAGAACAUAAACAAUCCAAACAUACUCGUGACCAAAAAAUGUUGACAAUGGUUCGACUAGAGUCAUUCGCACUUUAAUGUUACAGCGCAUGCGCACUAUUUGACGCCAACCAACCAUUGGUUGACUAAUGCCCUUUGCUUAUGGACACAUAAUUUUGCCAAUGGUAGGAUGAUGUUGCCUACAAAAACGAUUAAUCAGUAAUGAUGAAAUACUCAGAAAUAAAAAGGAAAAAGGGGGAAAAAAGAGG